AUGUUCGGCUUCGGAACCACCUUCAACCCAGAUACCGACAUCCCCGACCUCUCGGGGAAGGUGAUUCUUGUGACGGGCGGCACCAAUGGCCUCGGCAAAGAAGCCAUAACACAGUUGGCGAAACACAACCCGUCGAAGAUCUACAUGGGCGCUCGCAGCGAGCAGAAAGCUCGCGAUGUCAUCGCUGAGAUGGCGAAGAUCGUCCCCGGCAACGACGCUAAGAUCAUUUCCUUGGAGAUGGACUUGGCCUCGUUCUCCUCGGUGAAAAAGGCCGCCGAUGCUUUCCUAGCCGACAAUGACCGUCUGGACAUUCUCAUGAACAACGCGGGGAUCAUGGCUACUCCCGCCAGCGUCACGAAGGAAGGCUACGAGAUUCAGUUCGGGACGAACCACGUAGGGCACGCGCUCUUGACGAAGCUGCUACUCCCUGUUCUCGAGAAGACGGCCGCGCAGCCGGGAAGCGACGUGCGUAUCAUCAAUUUGAGCUCCCUGGCGCACGAGUGGACGCCAAAGGGUGGAAUCGCGCUGGACAAGGUCAAGUCAGACAUGAAAGAAACUGGCACAUGGGAGCGCUACGGCCAGUCGAAGUUGGCGAAUGUGCAUUUCACCACUGGGUUGACGAAGCAUUACCCGAAAAUCAAGAGCGUGGCUAUCCAUCCUGGGAGCGUGAAUACGGGGCUUAAGAGGGGGCCUAUGGAUAGUUAUCCUGUUGUUAGUAAAUUGAUCAAUUGGGCGGGAGGUUGGGUGCUGAGCGCUGUGGGUACGGGGACGUUGAAUCAGUUGUGGGCCGCAACGGCGAGGAAAGAGGUGGUUGAGAAUGGGGCGUUCUAUUAUCCGGUUGCCAAGAAGCACCAGGGGAAUGCAUACGUGAGGGAUGAGAAGCUGACGGAUAAGCUGUGGGAGUGGACUGAGAAGGAGUUAAAAGAACAUGGAUUUUAG